AUGACAAUACCCAUGAUAAAUGAAGUGCAUUUAUUUGCCCAGAGUUAUCACCAUUUUCUUCGUGGUAUUGAGUGUGCUAACUCAUUUAGCCUCAAUGCACAUAAAUGGUUCUUCACCACUUUGGAUUGUUGUUGUCUUUGGGGAAAGGAACCAAGUGCCCUAAUCAAACCUCUCUCAAAUGAUCCGGAGUAUUUGAAGAACAAGGCUUCUGAUUCAAAACAAGUGGUGGACUACAAAGACUGGCAAAUAGCAUUGAGCAGAAGAUUCCGAGCAAUGAAACUAUGGCUUGUGCUCAGAAGCUAUGGAGCAUCAAACCUCAAAACUUCAUAA